UCCAGUCCGCGCGUGCGCAGAAGGGUCUGUGGCCCCCUUUGGAUGGUGCCUUCUGCGAGGGCCGCGUCGAGGAGCACUUUUCCCUCAGAGUCUGUGAGGAAAGCGGCGGCUUGGCCAUGGGAGGAGGGCCGGGGGACCUGGGCUCCUGAGGGCUCCUCGGACGGAGAAGAAAGCGGAGGGAGCAUCUCCUGGGUACCGGCGGUGGAGAGACCUACUUUUGUACAAACAGAUGCAAGGAAGAACAUGGAAAUGAUAGCAAAGUAUUUGCAUAUGAUCACAUUUCAAGACUAUCUGCUCUUCUCACCUGCUGAUGUAUCUUUUCAAUUUUCGUGUGAUCCUUACAGUGAACAUAGGUUUGAAGGACCCACAACUACGUGGUGACUACAAGAAGACAUGAUGAUCAUAGUGACUGGAGUCAUGUCAGCACCUGAGCUGGGCUCCCCAGACAGCACUCCUGUUGCAACACCCAAUUUAUCCUGGAUGCCUGAGGAUGGCAGACCCACUGCUGUGGAGCAGCCAGUAUUUCUAAUGACUACAGCUGCCCAGGCCAUCUCAGGUUUCUUUGUGUGGACAGCUUUGCUCAUCACCUGCCAUCAGAUCUACAUGCACCUGCGCUGCUACAGUUGUCCAAAUGAACAGCGCUAUAUUGUUCGGAUUCUUUUCAUUGUGCCCAUUUAUGCUGUUGACUCAUGGCUCAGCCUCCUUUUCUUCACCAAUGACCAGUACUAUGUGUACUUUGGCACAGUGAGGGAUUGCUAUGAAGCUUUUGUAAUCUACAAUUUUCUUAGCUUGUGCUAUGAAUACCUUGGUGGGGAAAGUUCAAUCAUGUCUGAGAUCAGAGGGAAGCCUAUUGAGUCCAGCUGUAUGUAUGGGACUUGUUGCUUGUGGGGAAAGACAUACUCCAUUGGAUUUCUGAGAUUUUGCAAACAGGCCACCUUGCAGUUCUGUGUCGUGAAGCCCCUCAUGGCAAUUAUUACAGUUGUCCUUCAGGCAUUUGGCAAGUACCAGGAUGGGGACUUUGAUGUCACAAAUGGAUAUCUCUAUGUGACAAUCAUUUACAAUAUAUCUGUGAGCUUGGCCCUCUAUGCCCUGUUCCUUUUCUACUUUGCCACACGUGAACUGCUCAGUCCUUACAGCCCUGUCUUGAAAUUCUUCAUGGUCAAGUCUGUCAUUUUCCUGUCCUUCUGGCAAGGGAUGCUUCUGGCCAUUCUGGAGAAGUGUGGUGCCAUCCCUAAGAUCGACUCAGCCAGUGUAUCUGUGGGUGAAGGAACCGUGGCAGCAGGCUACCAGGAUUUCAUUAUCUGUGUGGAAAUGUUCUUUGCAGCAAUUGCUCUGCGCCAUGCGUUCACUUACAAGGUCUAUGCAGACAAGCGUCUUGAUGCACAAGCUGUUCCAUCCUAUGGGCCAUAUGGUCGCUGUGCCCCCAUGAAGAGCAUUUCUAGCAGCCUUAAAGAGACCAUGAAUCCCCAUGACAUUGUGCAAGAUGCGAUUCACAACUUCUCCCCCGCCUACCAGCAAUACACUCAGCAGUCAACGCUAGAACAUGGGCCAGCUUGGCGUAAUGGUGGUCAUAUCAUCUCACGCUCCCAUAGUAGCUCUGGCACCCGUGACAAUGAGAAGACCCUGCUCCUUAGCUCAGACGAUGAGUUCUAAUGUGAUGGAGUGUGCCACAGUCUGGAAAUUUCCUUUUAUUUAUUGAAUGAGAAAUGCAGGUCAUAUUCCCUCCCCCCCCCCCUUUUUUUUUUUUUUUUUUUUUGGUGGAAAAAAUGGUGCUCAAGUCAGGAAUGGGUACUUCCUGUUGCCAGUGUUGAGCAGGGAAUAUUGUGGCUCAUGCGGGUGGUUUGGAGUUUUUCUAGAGUAUUCUGUAAAGGCUUCACAUUAAUAAGGAAAAGUUAAAGAAACACUAACCUGGCAUUACAAUAGAUCUGAGGUCCAGAAUGUGUGGAACAUACUUUCUUGAUCUCCCCCCCCCCCAAUGAUGUUUAAGGGGGAAAGACUGGUAGUAGAAGGGUCAGGCAAACAAACCCUAAGAAAUGUGACAUUUGCAAGGCUGUCUAGAAUGUGACUGGCUGAUAACAUCAGCAGUGGAACUCACUUUCCCCCACUACUCUACAAAAAUGCAUUUCCAUGUUAUUUUGGAUAUAGAUUGAACCCUAUCCCUAACUGCUGUCUCUGUAUUAAUUUUGAUCAGCUCUGGAUUAUGACUAUAAUCCCCUUUGCUGUAUCCCAUGGUGCUGUAGUCACAUGUGUGAAUUGUUUCCAUUAGCGAUUAGGGUUCAGUGCUUCAGAGUGGAGCAGUAUUCUGUUUUAGAAUAAGAGAAGUAGAUUACAGGGGGAAAGACAAAGGGCAGCUUCUGGACUGAAACAAGAAGCAAAUUUGAAACAUUUCUUUUUUGAGGUGAAGAGUGGUUUUUAUGGUGAGUUUUUUACUCAACAUUUUAAAAGAAUACUGGUCACCUCAUAAAGAAUAGGAUUUGCUCCAUCUAUAGAGGAAGAGGAUAGCAAUGGCAAGCCCCCUCUGAAGAAACUUGCCAAGAAACCCCCAUGAUAGGGUCACCAUAAGUUGGAAAUGACUUGAAGGCACUCAACAACAACAAAUAGAGGAAAACAUGUUGAAUAAUGAGUGGAAUUCAGAGAUGGGUUUGCACAUAGCAAACUGUUCAAAAUACCAGGGAGGAGUCUUACUCUAGUCAAGUUGGUGGGUGGGUGAAAAUGCACAUCAUUGUGCAAAUUCACCUCAUUGUGGAUAAAGGUCACACUGGAUAAUUCUCCUUUAGAUGUGCAUCUUAUCUGCAUGUUCUUUCUAUCUUGGCUUGUGUUCAACAUCAACUGAAACUAAGAUGUCUUUAUAAAGUAUGUUCUUCUUGUACAUUAUUGUGUUGAAAUUCAAGAGCAUCCAUUGGAAGUUACCAGUUCUCCUUGCUGGUGUCAAUGUUUUACUUUUCCUGCUAAUUAAUUUUAAGUUCUAGUGGAAUAAAGUUUGCCGGGGAUAUUCCCUCUUCUAUUCCUCUCACUUUUGUAUUAGGUCUGUCACAAUUUGACCAAGAACUGUCAACAUAUCUAAGUGAUGUGCAGCUAGUAUCUUGCAGUUGCAUUCUCUACAGCCCAAAAGAUUGAGAAACGUGUUCAUUUUUUUUACCUCCUAGUCCUGUCCUGAUCUUUUGUAGAAGGUUGUCUUUACAAGUGGAAAAUCCUGCCAGUCACUGGCUUUACCAGCCAUUUUGGCAUGUUGGUAAUUUAAAGUUGGAAAGGGCAAUAGAAUUAAUUGAAGUGUAUUACACUUCUCUGCUGCUGUUGUGGUUAAUUGUGCCUGUAUUAACACUGCCCUCAAAAAAGGGGAAUAGCAUUAGACUUCUUCCUUUCUUUACACCUCUGUCAAUUCCCCUUCCUCAUCUACUACCAGUAAUGCUUGUACUUUUCUAAGCUGAUAGGUGUUUCCCACACCUAUUUAUGGUUAUUGGGCAUCUGCUCACUUGCCGGGUUUUUAACUCCUAAUUGUGGAGAGUUUAAAAGUGAGAAUCUCUGGGGUUUGACUUUUAUGUGGAUCCCUUUUCUCUGUGCCUUAAUAUUUUCACUUACACUCCUCCCACCUCCACAUCAUGGCCAAAUGCAGAUCUCAGGGGCUAAAGCAGCACUCUUUGUCCAAGCUGUGCUUCAUUGGGCAAGAGCAUGCUUGGUUAGGGCUAGGCAAGGUUGCUGAGACAUGUAGCUAUUCUUCCUGGAGUUUUCCUUGUGCUGCUGCCACUGUGGUUAGCACCUUGUUCAUUCCAGAAGAAAUUGGGUGGGAGGUGGGAUGGUGGAACACAACAGUUCCAUUCAUAUUGCCUGCUCAAAAUAGCCAGAGGGGUUGACAGCUCAGGAGAUGAAGGAAGUCGAAGAGAGAUUUAAUAGCAACAUGUUGCUGUGUGUGUGUGUGUGUGUGUGUAUAUACACAUCCCUCUCUUUACAGUUUGGCUCAUGAAUAUUGAGUUGGCUUCAAAAGUCUUGAUGCUGCUUUAAAGCAGCAACCCCCCCCCCAUGUAUUGCUAAUUUAUAACUGGCACCCUAAUUAUUAAAUUGUAGCAAACCAAGCAGUAAUGUGUGCCACUGCUGCUGAAGCAUGCAUGACGCUGAGCUCUGCCAGGAAAUCCCCACCUUUUCUGCUAGCACUAGCUAUAGCUGCAUUAAGCUGCUAUGAACUUU